AUGCGGCCAGAGGACGCGAUCGAGGCGGCCGCCGAUGGCGAGGACGCCUCGAUGCUGGGGCAGCGGCGCGGCCCAGACGCGCGGCCUUCCCCGCGAGGGCCCCUGGCGCUCACGGUCUGCCUGGCCCUGGCAGCCGCCGCGGCCGCCGCGGUCCGCCUCGCCGCGAGGCCCGCCGGCCUCGCACCCCCGCGCCUGCCGCGCCCGCGGCCGCUGUCGCUGGCGGCCUCGGGCUGCGAGGAUCUGCCCGGCGCGAAGAGCGGGGCGGCCUGGAGCGACGGCACCAACGGCUGCGACGCCUACGAG